AGCGAGAGCGUGGCCUCGAUCAGCCGCAACCAGAGGUAGUCGAUCGAAGGGCUGGACUCGCGGCGGGGGCGUGGGACGGGUCGAUGAACUCGGCGCUCGUUCGAGGAAGCGGAGGUGAAGACGGAGCUCGUCGGAGCCGUUGCGCGAUGAUGGCGGCUAACCAGCCUCCGCCGCCCAAGCCUUGGGAGAAUAGGCGCCUGCCUGCCAAUGUGAUGGCCAAUCAGCUGACUCGACCUGGACAACCCACCCUGACACGAGUGCCCCCUCCUAUUUUGCCAAGGCCAUCUCAACAAGCAGGAAACAAUGGCCUGAAUGCUUUCAGACCAGCUUAUAAUAGCUCUUUUUCUCCAGGCUAUGGGACAUACGGAAAUUCCUUUUAUGGGAGCUACAGCCCUUACAGUUAUGGAUAUGGUGGCUUGAGCUACAAUCGGUUUCGAAUGGAUGACAUUCCUACCAGCAGAUUUGUUCAGCAGGCUGAGGAGAGCAGCCGUGGUGCGUUCCAGUCCAUUGAAAGCAUAGUGCAUGCCUUUGCUUCAGUUAGCAUGAUGAUGGACGCUACGUUUUCUGCUGUCUACAACAGUUUCCGAGCUGUUUUGGAUGUAGCCAAUCACUUCUCCCGACUCAAAAUACAUUUCACAAAGGUGUUUUCAGCUUUUGCAUUAGUCAGAACUAUAAGGUACCUCUACAGGCGUUUACAGAGAUUGCUGGGUAUGAGAAAAAGUUCAGAGGAUGAGGAUUUGUGGGCAGAAAGUGAAGGAACUGUGGCUCGCAUUGGUUCUGAGGACAAGGCUGCUAACUCUGCAAAAUCCUGGCCUAUUUUUCUGUUCUUUGCUGUUGUUCUUGGCGGUCCCUACCUCAUUUGGAAGCUGCUCUCCACCUACAGUGAGGAAGAAACAGUUUCCAGUAACUGGGCAAGUGGAGAAGAUGAUCAUAUUGUUGGGAGAGCAGAGUAUGACUUCAAUACUGUUUCAGAAGAAGAAAUUUCUUUCCGUGCUGGUGAAAUGCUAAAAUUAGCCCCCAAAGAACGGCAACCCAAAAUACGUGGCUGGCUUUUGGCUAGCCGUGAUGGCCAGACAACAGGACUUAUACCAGCUAGUUAUGUCAGGAUACUUGGCAAAAGGAAAGGUACAAGAACCACAGAGUUGGAAAAGAUUACAGAUCAACCAGCGUUUACCAACACAGCUUCAGUUCAAGGAGCUACAGUUGCUGACACAUUAGAAGAGCAAGAAGCUGCCUUUGAGUCUGUGUUUGUGGAAACAAAUAACGGUCCUGCUGCAUCUGAUUCUGCUGGGUUCGGUGGAGACAAACAGGAACUUUGAUACAUCAAAAGUGUUUAUCAAAGAGACUGGAUUGUGCUUACCAGUAAUUUUGUAGGUAGCCAUUCAGUAGUGAUGUAGUGGAACGCUGUUGUUGACCGUAUCCAGGUAAUUUGUUAUUCAAACUGGGAAGAGAUAUAAUGAGCAACAUUAUUGUCCCUAAUGCGCUGUGUGGUUCAUUUAAUGUUGGAUGGCUAGAUUAAGUUAGCUAGUAUCGGUUUAGGAUCUCAGGCUUGGCAAUUUUAGAAUCAAAAAGGCACAGCACCAGGUUCUUCUUGACUCACAGGUUCUUUAGACAGCUCCAUGUUUAAAUUCAUUCCCUCUGUCUGAAGAAUCCCUUUUUAUAUACCGUUGCAGUGGCAUCUGGCAAGAUCAAAUGAAAGGAGGUGCUCUGCAAGCAUCUCUAAGCAUACUAUGAGGAUUUUUCUUCUUAAAAGCAGUUUUUGUUUGGGAGAAUUUCAUAGAAGCAUUGGGCUAACAGUGAGUCAGCUGUUGGGUAGGGGAGGAUUUUAAUGCUUGUACUGAUUGGCUUUGUAUGGAAAUAACUGACCUGACAGAAAACCAACUAAAUUAUAGUUCCAUGCAGAUUGUUCUGCCAAGUCACAUGGUCGUCUUUGCAGAGAUAAAUGUUGUUCUUACUGCAUUUGUCUGAACUUUGAGAAUACCUCCUUUUGUGCUGGUUCAUAUCCCUGUAAAUGGUUUGCCAAGACUGACAUACAAUCAUUCUUUCUCCACUGCUGUUUUCUCUGCCAAGUAAAUCUCACUAAGACUCAAACAUAAUGGCAACAGAUCCACAUGCAUAAAUCCAGAUUUCCAACUGUUAGUAGAAUGGUUGGAACAUGAGCGGUUGGUAAAAUCACAUGUAAAUCUUUUUCUGUGGUUCUUCCUUUAAAAUUGCAAGUGCAUGUUGCCCAGUUUAUCACUUAUCAUUCUGCAGUGAGCCUGUAGUAUUUGCCUAAAACAGUACAGGUUGAAGCCUACAGGUCUGUUCCUCUACAGCAACUCCUUCUGGAGCUAGGAAUUUUUCCUCAUGCAUGAUGCUCUGCUACUUAUGUUAGGGUAAGGCUGCUUAUGGUGAGGAGAGGCAUCACUAUUAGUGGAACAGAUCUGUGUUUUCCAGUAUGAUAUUGGCCCUAAAAGGUGAGGCAAAGUGGCAUGAUUUUUUCUUUUUUUAUAAAUCACAUUUACUGCUAUAUCAAGGCCAUACUGUUCUGAAUAGUUGAGUUAACAACCCAGGUUUAUUUCAGGAAGACUUGAUGAGCUAAUUUCAGGCUGUAUGUAACAGAUGAACUGGUAAAUCUGACCUCUAGCUUUCAAUUGACGUACCUAUUAAUCUUCUCAUAGCUCAUCUUAAACUGAAUGAGAAAAAACUGGGAAGUACUAAUUCUGAUAUGAAGCUGGUAUAAUGAGGUUUUUAAAAAAUCAAAAUGCUUCUGCGGGGCUUCUCAUCCUCAGUUUUCAUUGCGAGACAGCAUUCUGGUAACUUUUAACAUGAAUGAUAAUUCAAAACUGCAUAGUACUCAUUCUGAUACUAAAUUGGUAUAAUGAGGUUGAUUUUUUAAAAUAAAAAUGCUUAUGUAGGGCUUUUAUAGUCAGUUUCCACUGCAAGACAGUUAGCAUUCUGAUAACUUUUAACAGCAUUGCUUCCACUCACUUCUGAGCAAUUUGGUUUUCUGAAAUAAAUUACAGUGCAGGUAGUGAACAGUUUAAAUUAGUUUUGCUGGGGGGAGAUUUGUAAAGGUAGUUUUGCUGGAGGGAGGUUUGUAAAGCUGGCCAGAGUUGUUAAACCUACUAUUGUGCUGAGAUACUAAGAGUAUGGAAUAACAUUAUCUUCCUUUGUUUAAAAAAAAAAAAAGCAGUCUAAUGGCUCCUGGUAGAAAGUGUUGACUUUCCUUGUUCAAUAAGAUUAAAGUCAUUAUGGGACAUGAGAAUGAAAAACUAGCCAAACAAUCUUGAACAAGCAUGCUCAUCAUACACUGACUGUUCGUGUUACUAGAAAUUGAUGACUUUCUGAAGUUGCUUUGUCAGACAUGAAAGGGAAAUUGUGGUGACUGAAAUAUUCUAGGAAAUUGAGGUAAGUAUGUUUAUGUAACUAAUACUUAAGAUUUUAACCGGAGAAGCCUUUCAUUUUCCAGUCUAUUGAAAAUUCAAACAGGGAGACCUCAAAUGUACUUUUGAUUCCAGGUCUUCUCACUUCUCAAGCCCUUCCACUUGUGGUUAUUUUUUCCUCACAAAGUGGACUGAAAAAUAUUUGGUUAGAGGAAAAAACACUAUUAACUAACUUUAAGCUUGCUCCUGGUUGUAGUUACUUGGCAGUAAAUCCUAAUGCACUGGAUGGAAUUUAUUACUUGGUAAAUUUGUUUGGAAUUUCAGUCUUUAUUUUACUUUGUACUUGUUUGACUUUAUUUAACAAAUCACUGUAAGUGUCAUACUAUGCAUACAACAAGAUAAGUAUGCACAGUGAUCUUCGGCUCUAAUCCUUUGUACUGGCUUUAGUGGAACCAGAAUGAAAAUAGUUAAGUUAAAUUUUAUUGAAGGGGUUAUCAUGCAGUUGAAUUAACCUGUAUAAAUCUAUUAAAUUUCACUGAAACUUGA